GGCCCGAGCCCGCGCGGCCUGCACCGAGCCCGGCGGCGCCGCGUAGCGCAGCGGCAGCGGGAGCGCGGGAGCCCGACGGCGCGGCCGCAAGGUCACCGCGCACCAUGGAGGCCAAGGUCCGCCAGAGCCGGCGCUCGCGCGCGCAGCGGGAUCGCGGCCGCCGUCGGGAGGCGGCCCGCGACGCCCGCGACCAGAGCGCGUCGUCGGGCGACGAGGCCGAGCCCGGGCCUGGCAAGGAGAACGCGGGCCUGCCCCGCGCGCCCCCGCCCCGCGCCGCCGCCGCGCGCCCCCCGCGCCGCCGCCGCCGCGAGUCCAGCUCGCAGGAGGAGGAGGUCAUCGACGGCUUCGCCAUCGCCAGCUUCAGCACGCUCGAGGCCUUGGAGAAGGACAUGGCCCUGAAGCCACAUGAGCGGAAGGAGAAAUGGGAACGUCGCCUUGCCAAGAAGCCCCGCGAGUCAGAAAACUGCCCGUCUGCAGAACCAAGUGAGAAUGGGCGUCCCCUGGAGAUCGUCAGUCCUGAGCAGGACCUGGAGCCUGCCUGCGACCGGGGGAAGAAGAAGGUCCCACUGCAGCCCACCAAGCAGAUGAAGGUCACCGCAUCCAGAGGGGCCGACCGCCACAGUGGGGAUGACAGCCUCCAUGAAGCCACCAGCUCCCGGACAAGCAGUUCUCGGGACCAGCUCAGUGACAGUUCUACGCAGGCCGUCUCGGGCAGAGGCUACUCGUGUGACAGCGAGAGUGAAGGGGACGACAAGGCAUCUGUGGGCUCUGAGAAGCUCUUCGCCCCAGCAGCUGAUAAAGGCCCCACGCUGGGCGAGGAGGCCGAGGCCAAGGCCGGGGCGCCGCCCAAAGUCUCGGGCCUGGAGCGCAGCCGCGAGUUGAGCGCCGAGCCGCCCUUCCUGCCCACGGUGCGCAGCCCCGCGCCCCCCGCCGACCCCGCGACAGGCGCCCCGGCCAGCCCGCCGGUCAAGAAGGAAGCCCCUGCCCUGCCCCGCCUCACCCCGCAGCCGCCGCCCGCGCCCCCACAGCCCCGCGCCCCGCUCCCGACGCACGUGCCUCUGCCCCUGGGCGCCUUCGCCGGCCAAGGCCAGGCUGCGCACAACGGCCUGCACAGCCUCAGCAGGAGCAGCGGCGCCGGCAGCAGCGCCAGCCUCGGGCUCGCGAAGCACGCGUCCCUGUCGCCUCUCGGGCCGGGCCCCCACCUGUCUACCUCACACUUGGCGCUCCGCUCGCAGGCCCAGCACCAGCACCACGCGGCGGCCAUGUUCGCCGCCCCCCCGACACUGCCCCCGCCCCCGGCGCUGCCGGCCAACAGCCUGGUCAUCCCAGGACACCCUGCCGAUCACGAGCUGCUCAGGCAAGAGCUGAACGCGCGUUUUCUGGUCCAGAGCGCUGAGCGGCCCGGCGCCCCCCUGGGCCCGGGGGCUCUGCUGCGGGCGGAGUUCCACCAGCACCAACACACACACCAGCACACACACCAGCACCAACACACAUUUGCCCCCUUCCCCGCGGGGCUGCCCCCGACGCCGCUCCUGCCGCCCGCCGCACCCCCGCCGUUUGAUAAGUACGCACCCAAGCUGGACAGCCCCUACUUCCGACAUUCCAACUUUUUCCCGUCUUUCUCUUCUGCCAUCCCCGGACUGCCCACCCUGCUCCCACACCCAGGCCCCUUUGGGUCCCUACAGGGUGCUUUUCAGCCCAAGACUUCCAACCCAAUCGAGGUAACAGGCCGGGCCAGUGCUGUUCACACCCUCCUCCAGAAAGGCCCCGGGGUGUCCGACCCAUACCGGACCACAGUCAGGAAACCUGGGAAGUGGUGUGCUGUGCACGUGCAGAUCGCCUGGCAGAUCUACCACCAUCAGCAGAAGAUAAAGCAGAUGCAGCUGGACCCCCACAAGCUGGAGGUGGGCGCCAAGCUGGACUUGUCCAGCAGACCCCCUGCCCCGGGCGUGUUUGCCGGAUUCCACUACCCGCAGGACCUGGCCCGGCCCCUCUUCUCUGGCUCGGGUGCUGCCCAUCCCACCACCAACCCAUUCGGACCCUCAGCCCAUCCCAGCAGCUUCCUAACCACCAGUCACCUGACAGACCCUUUCAGCAGGCCAGGCACCUUCGGGGGCCUGGGGAGCCUGGGCAGCAGCGCUUUCGGAGGCCUGGGGAGCCACGCACUGACUCAGGGCAGCGGCAUCUUUGCCCCCAAGGAGAGCUCUGUGCUGCAUGGCCUGCCCAGCCCCCACGAGGCCUGGAACCGACUGCACCGGGCGCCACCAUCCUUUCCCACACCACCCCCAUGGCCUAAGCCCGUGGACCCCGAUCGGGUCUCAGCCCUGACCAACCACGACCGAGAGCCGGACAAGGGCAGGGAGGAGAGGGACCUCCUGGAGAAGACGCGCCUGCUGAGCCGGGCCUCGCCCGCAGCCCCCGUGGGCCCCCCAGCCAGCAGCCUCCUGCUGCGCGGCCAGAGCGAACCGUGCCGGCCCGGGGUCCCUGCUGAGCGCGAGGCCGAGCCCCGCGUCAAGGAGAGCCGCUCUCCGGCCAAGGAGGACGGCGCCAAGCUGGCCGCGCGCCCGCCAUCUCCCUACAGCAAGGCGGCUCUGGGCGACAGCCUGCGCCUGGCGGGCCUCCUGGGCCGAGAGCCGGGGAAGCCGCCCGAAGCGCCGGCCGAGCGGCCCCAGGGCGACGUCAAGGUCAAGGAGGAGCGCAGGGAAGACAGCGACGCGCCCGAGCCCCCAGGGGCCGGCCUGCACCCAGCGCCCGAGCGUCCGCGGGCGCCCCCUGCGCCCCUGCAGCUCGGGCCCAGCCCGGCGGCCCGCGAGCGCCUGGGCUUCACAUGGGAGCCCCUGCGCGACGCCUACCGCGGCCUGGAGCUGCCCCGGCGCGCCCUGCCCGCCGCCGCCGCCGCCCCCGCCCCGGGUCCCGCCGCCCUCUUCGAGCCCCCCGAGCGCCCCUACCGCGACCGCGAGCCACACGACUACAGCCCAGAGCGCCUACGGGAGGCGCGCCGCGAGGAGCUGGAGCGCGCGCGGGCCACGCACCUGGGCGCGGGCCCGCACCUGCCCGCCGCCGCCGCGCACCUGGACGGCGCCGCGCUCCUGCCCGCGCUGGGCGCCCUGCACUACCCGCGCCUCGGGCCCGCAGCCGCCGCGCUGCACAACGGGCUCCUGGCGCGGACCCCGCCCGCGGCCGCCGCCAACGCCGCCGCGCUGGGCGCGCCGCCCCCACUGGUGGCCGCGGGCGGGCCCCCCACGCCCCCCGGGCCGCCGCCGCGGAGCAGGACUACGCCGCUUGGGGGCCAUGGGCCCGAGGCGCGCGACUACUCCCCAUCCCGCAACCCCCAGGAGGUGGAGGCGCGGUAGUCCCCGCGGGACCCCGCGCCCCGUGUACAGAGGCCCUUCCACAAAUGCACUGCUGUAAACUUUUCUACGUGGACGUUUCUAGAACCUAAGCACAGCGCCGUCAGUCCUGGGGUGACCCUUGCUUAACACCCGAAGCCUGCACAGUCGGGGAGCUUCAUCCACAGCUUUGCUGGGGGUGAUCUUUUGUUUUCUGAGCUUGAAAUUAGGCUACUGGAGGAGAAUUCAAGUUUGUACAUCUUUUCCCACAGGUGAGAAGUGUUUUUAAUAGAUUUGUAUUUUUUUCAAUUUUGUGCUCUUUAGACAUUUAAAAAGAAAAGAGAAACUUUUGCUUUUUUAUCUUCAGUUCAGAUUUGCAAUGUAAAGGCCUCAGAUCCCUCUCUAGAGCCCCAGGAUCUUUUGUCUUAUUUAUGGAGAAAAAACGGUCAUUUUGUCCAGCGCACUGUGAGGCCCCCACUCAGGGCCUGCCUGGCCCUCCCUUGGUACUUGGAACCGAAGUUACAGAUAUAUAUUAAAAUAAUAAUUAAUAAUAAUGUAAAAACUUUUUUUGCCUUAUUAUGCAGAAGCAUAAGAGGAUUUCUUUUUUGGUUUGUUUUUAAAGAAAAACAAAUGAAAUAUGUAAAUAGUCUGUUAAUAUAAAUAUAUGACGUUAUUAAAUUCUUAACCUAGGUAGACUUUAUAAAAGGCAGUUUCUAGAAACCUCUCUGAUUAUUUGUUUAACAUGGUCACAAAAAACCCACUUGCUGUCAGUUGGACACGCUCAGAAGCUUCACUGCAGCAGAUCCUUCAACUAUGCAAGCGCUCAGAGGGGGGACUGGGCCGCUGUCUGGGGAGGACCCUUCCCCCAGCCUCGCAGCAAGCUGGGCCCCGCCCUCCUCGGCCGGCUCUGGCCGCGAGGACACUUCUGUGGACCCCAGUGCUCACUGAGCAGUGUUCUCAGAAUCCAUACCAGACAAGUAGAUUUUUAGGAGUUAAGAGUCUAAAGGUUCAUUGCAAUCAGAAAUAGUAACUUCUGUCCACCUCCCCUUCCGUGCAAAGGCCAUCGGCAGAUGUCCCUCAGCGCGCUCCUCCACCUGUGGAGGCCUUGGCAUGAUCUCCUUUUGGUUUCGGUUUUGCUUUCAUAACCCCGAACGUCCCCCUGUCCUGUGCCCAGCACCCUUCUCUGUUCCCCGACACCCCCCCCUGUGUCCGCUGCACUCUUGAGCCUUGUUGGUUCGACCGUCAGCAGCCAUCUGCUCCGUUCUGUAUUUUCAACCCAUGUUUCCACUGUGGACUCUGGUUGUUUUAAACACUGAGUUCUCGUGUCAAUCGUUGGAGAUAAAUACAGCCUUGAUUUUGGAUCACAA